AUAUUUGAGUCGGCAAGACUUAAAAUUUUCCAAUUUUUUUUCGUUUCCGUUCAGCCUCGAUGGAUAGGCGAGAACCACGCGAGGGGUGCCGAAGUAAUAAAAUUGAGUUCAGCGGAAAGGAGAGAAGAUAGAGAAGCCUUCUUAUGUAGUAAACCUCGUAAAAUGGUUCUUUUCAACAUAGUUAGCGGUCAGAUAACAAGCGAUGUGCUGCGGAAGUAAGUUUCAGAUCGCACUGGAGCGCACGAGAAGAUUACGGCGUAGGUAACGUUGAAAGAAAGUCACAUGACAUUUCUUUCAUCACAACAAUGCGGAUGGACAUAAUUACGAAAGCGACUUGCCGAUACUACAGGACUAGAGUAGAGAGGCGAUUUUGUCUCUUAUUUCUUGGUUUUUGAGAGGAAGGAGACCUGAGUGGCAGCACUAGCGCCUUGACUAGUGUCGAAUGUGAAAAGGAGUGGACUACACGCUAACGCUUGAAGAUCAGAGUCUAACACCACUCCCAGCAUGAAUCUUUAUUGGAAAUACAUGGAGUCUGCUCCGUCUUUUCUUUACGCCUUGUUAUGCUUCUCUGCUAUUCUGGUUUGGACUCUGUUUGCUAUCCUCGCGCUGCCAUUUUGGUUCUUGUUCAGAAUUCUGAAAUGGUUCCAAGGGAUUUGUAUUACUUACUGGGGACUGGGGAAAUUAUUGGCUUGUCAUGAUGUACCCUUUCUUCACGAGACCGAGUACAACCGUAAUUUUAUCAAUGGCCUGUUUGUCGUUGAUGGGACGAUUGAUAUGGAAGAGUUCCGUCAACUUAUUAUGUCCCGUGUAGUACAAAAUGUCGAGGAACCUAGCUACGUACGCAUGCGCAAACGUAUAGUUCAACGUUACUGGCGUUACAUUUGGCAAGACGAGCCGGAUUUUGACAUCAAAAAGCACAUUAGGCGAUUAGAAGGUGGUGGCCUGCGUAGCGAAGAAGAUUUGCAGAAAAUGCUUGGUGAAAAUUUUUCAUCACCGAUGCGUGAAGAUAUUUCUCCCUGGGAAAUCCUAGUGACGCCUCUAGACCUCCCAGGGAAAGAUCAGACUGCAAUUUGUAUAAGAAUCCAUCAUGCAAUAGGAGACGGUUUUGCUAUGAUCGGUCUGUUCGCCAGGCUCAUGGACAAAAAGCCAGAGCUGCUGCGGGUCAAGAAACCCGUGGCCACCCCAUGCGACAAACAAAAACAGGUAUGGAAAGCAAUUCUAACAGGUCCGUUAGCUCUUCUGAGCGUAGCACUCUCCACGGCUGACAAUCCCUUCCCAGCUACGAAGUUGUCGGGUGAGAAGUGUUUCAGCUGGACAAAGACUAUUGACUUGGAGCUGGUGAAGGAGAUCAAGGCACGAACAGGAACGACCGUCAAUGAUGUUCUUUCAACCUGUUUGGCGGGUUCGUUGCGUCGCUACCUCAAAUCGCAGGGUUCAAAACACCCAGAUGACAUCCAGAUCGCCAUCACCAUCAACACGCGCUCCCCUAAAGUCCUGUCGCGUGACAACAUACCGCUCGAGAAUCACUCCACUGGCUUGUUCUACAACCUUCCCGUGGGACUGGCUGACCCGUUUAAGCGUUUGCUAGAAACUAAACGGAGAAUGGACAACUUGAAAUCUUCAUCAGAUUGGCGUAUCUUCGGGCUCAUCUACUCUCACAUCAUUGGGAGAUUGCCUGAUUUCAUUGGCCGUUUUUCGUCGUUUUCGCUGAAGCGACACUGCUCAUUGAUUCUGAGCAAUGUGCCCGGCCCUCUGACGCCAUUUGAAAUUGGUGGGAAGGAGGUGAAGACCGCCAUAGCUUGGCCCCCAUUGGUCAGUGAUACAGGCAUGUCCAUUGCAGUGUUUAGUUAUGCAGGUACACUGCGCAUGGGCGUAUUGUCCGAUAAAGCUGUACUUGCUGAUCCCGGUAAACUAGCGGAAAAUUUCAUCGAGGAAUUUGAAGAGA